CGCUUGCCUGUUGACAAAUGUGACCGUAGCACAUCAACUGUGUGGAAUUUCGGAUUUCUUUUGGGAAUAAAAUGUAAUUGAACGGAAUUCAGUCGACGAACUGACGCUUCUGUGAAAUCUUCAUGCAGCUGUGGACCCGGCUUAAAGAGACACCAUGCUGAAGUGGUUUUCCGGUGAAGAGGGAGAGCCUGGGUCUGGAGGCCCAGGAUCUCCCCUUAGUGCUGCAGGUGGUGGAGAGCUUGCUGUCGAAGAAAUGGCAGAGCGACUUAGCCAAACGGAGCAGCUCGUUGCUCAUCUGAAGGAAAUGAUACGGGAAAAAGAUGCAGCCCUUCGCACCAAAGACGACCAGCUGAAGGUGGAGAAGGAGGAGUGUGAGGCCAAACUGACAAAGGCGCGUCUCCAGAACAAGGCUAAGGUGACGUCUCUCUCAGCGCAGCUGGAGGAGCUGAAAAAACAGCAAGGAGGUCAAGGCACGCCGAAACACAGCAAGAAGGGGUCAUCAGAAGGAGGUGGAGGAGAGCAAGCUAGUCGUGGCAAGAUUGUCUUGUUAAAGAAGAAAGUCGAGGAACUAGAACAGCAGCUUUCACUAAGAGACAGUGAACUGGAAAACAAGCGGAAGGAAGUAGAGUCACAUCUUCAACGAGGUGAGGAAAUCGACGCUAUGCUGACCGAGAAGGACAGGAAACUGGCAGAGAAGGAGGCCUACAUCGUCCACCUGCAAACAGCAAUUGCAGGAGAUCAGCCCAUCGCACCUGCACUUCAGCAAAAGGUGGCAGAGGACAGUGGAGCAAUGCAGGAGCUUCAGCUGCUGAUUCAGAGUCUGACCAGAAAGGUGGGAGAAGCAGAGGAGCGCUACAGUUUGCUGCAGGAGCAGACAGAAAGCCUCAAGGAGCUGCUGGUCACAGAGAAGGAGCAGUAUGCACAGAAGGAGACCAUGUAUAAACAGAAUAUCCAGACUUUCAAAGACAUCAUCAUACAGAAAGAUAAUCAGCUGGCGGAGAUCGGCCAGAUGCACGAACAGGAGCUCUUCAAGCUGGCAGCAAAGUCUGAUGCCAGUGCAGACUUGGAGCAGCUUUUGAAGGCUCUGAAACAGAAGCUCCAUGAGAAAGAGGAGGUGCUGCUCGGUAAAACCCAGGUCAUUGAUGUUCUCCAGGGAGAAGUGGAUGGCAGGGACCAACAGAUACAGGAGCUCACUGAGCGGCUUCGACGGUUACAGGUCGCACGAGAGAGUUUGGAAUCCAAGAUGGAGGCAGAGAAGCAUGUGAUGCGAGCACAACUUCGUGACCUGAUGGAGAAACAGCAGGCAGAGGCGCAGCGGAUGACCGAACAACAUCAGCUACAGUUGGAACAAACCAAGCAGGAUCUCUUGGUGCAACUGGAGGAGCUGAGGAGAGCCUCAGUUGCAGCGCCACCUGCCUGUCAGGAGACCUCGGGAACUGGAGGUGUGCCUGCUGAUUCAGCCCUCAGCCAGAGAAUUUCUGAGCUGGAAGUCCAUGCAAAGCAGAAAACAGAUGAAGCCAGCAAAUCAGAAUCCAAGUUCCUGAAGAUGAAAGCCUGGUCCAAAUCCCGGAUCAGACAGUUGGAAGACGAAUUGAAGAAAAGCCAGGCUGGAGCGGCGCCCCCAGACCUGACUGACCUGCGUAGUCGCAUCACUUCACUUGAGGAGGAGAGGGAGGAAAAUCUUUGGAAAUUUGAGCAAUAUGAGGAGCUCAAAACAAAGAACGAAAUGCUGGAGGCUAAGCUGGUGGUGUAUGAGGAGCAGCAGAGAACACUGCAAGCGGACCUAGAGCAGUUCACAAAGAGGGCUGCCUCUCAGGCCAGUGAGUCGGGCAGUGCGGACGACACUCAGAGCCAGGUCCUGGAGUGGCAGGAGAUGGUGACUGAGGCUGUCAACGCCAGGGACCGGGCCAAGGAGGAGAAGGCUAAUAUGGCACUUCGUAUCAGCCAAAUGGAGGAAGAGAGAGAGGCACUGGCCACUCAGCAGCAGGAGUUGGAGGAGGAGCUGGCUCAAGCUCGGGGGCUCGGUCAACACAGGGCCAAGAAGCUAACGGCUCCAGCCCAACGAAGCCUGCAGGAGGACUUUGAGUUCGAUGGACAGGUCCCAUUCCAUGACCCACGCAGUAUCUCGGAGAGCACGACCCCGAUGGAGGGAGAGAAUAUGGGAGGUUGGUGGCCCGAGUACAGUUCUCCAGAUACAGAUGGUUUACGGACCGUUGUGGAGGAGCUAGAGCUGGAAAGGAACCAGCUGCAGGAGCAAAUCCUGAGUCUGGAGGAGCGCUGUCAAGAUUUAGAGGACCGGCUGCAGCUGCAGGCGCGCAUUGAGGCACUACAGAACGAGUCGGAGAAACUUCAGAGCCAGCUUGCCAGCGUCCGAAGUCAACAGAGCAGAGAUGCAGAGAAGCAUCAGCUGUUGGUUAGCAGUCUCAAUGAACAGCUCAAAGGGCUGAGUGACACACAAGAAUGCCUGGAGAGUUCCCUCAUUGAGAAGGAGAACACUUUAGCCAAAACAUCAGAGAAACUCGAGCUCAUCAGCAGCCUCAGAGAAUCUCUGAGCGAGAAAGAGAUUCAGUACAGAGAUGUGUCUGACAAGCUCCUUCAGGCUGAUCACGCUCUCGAUAACGUUUCCAAGAAAUUCAGCAGCUCAGAGAAACAGUGCUCCAAGUUGAGAACAGAAGUUUCUGACCUCACGCAGAAGUUGACUGCGCUGAAGGAGAAGACACAAAAACAAGAUGUCACCAUAGAAACUUUACAAACUGAGCUGGAUCAGACAAAUGAGGAGUUGGAUAAAUUAAACUCUGCCCACUUGGAAGAAAGAGCACAACUCAUUCACGACCUUCAAACCUGUGAGCGGGAAAUUGAUAGUCUUAAGGACACGGUGUUGGAAAAAGACAAAGAGAUAUCAGCCCUCUCUGUUAACAUGGCUGAGUAUACAGAGCAGAUCUUGGUGCUAAAGCAGGACGUCAAACUCAAAGAAGAGAGUCUGAUUCAGGUAGAAACAGUUCUUCGGAAAGCUGAGAAGGAGGCCAUGAUUAUCAGAGAUUCACAAAAUUCAGACCAGCAGGCUCUUAACAGCAAAAUCACAGAGGUGGUCGAGAAACUCAAUGACACUGAGGAGGAGUUAGUCAAGGCCAAAGAGAAAGCAGAGUACAAAGAGGCUGAGGUGGAGCAGCUGGUAAAGCAGGUCGAAGAUGAUAAGAAAAUGAUUCAGGAGCUUCGAGGGGAGCUCCAGAAACAGAUGGGGAGUCAUUCUCAUCAUCUACUUGAAUGUGAAACCCACAUCACCUCAUUGAAGGAACAGCUGAUGUUAUCCACUCAGAAGCUGCAGGAGUCAGAACAACUGGUUUUACAGCUCAAUGACAAAAACACCAACAAUGAGAAAUUAGAGCAAGAGCUUCAUGAUAAAGAACAGACGUAUGAAAACGAACUAAAAUCCUUCAAGGAAGAACACAACAAGCUUCUGGCACAGGUGGAAAAAUACAAUAAUGAAACGCAGACAUUGUCCAAACAAUUAGAGGAGCGAACACAGAGUGAGGAACACAUCCACAAAGAGAUGCAAGAGAAAGUUGAAACACUCGAAAAGCAGCUGAGUGCAAAUGAUAAACAUGCCGAGGACGAAAGGCAGAAACUCAACAGUGAAUUGCAAGUGCGAGAUUCCGAAAACCAGAAAUUGAGCAGUGAGCUUAAAAGCAAAGCUGAAAACAUCUCCAAACUCAAGAACCUUUUAAAAAGCACAAAGGCUGAGAAGCAGAGGGUGACUGACGAGCUUAAGUUGCAAAAGCAGGCAGUCAAAGAGCUCAAUGAAAAGGUAUCGUCUGCACUUGAACUCAAUAGCUGCCUAGAGAGUCAGGUACAGUGCCUAACGAAAGAAAAAGAGAGACUUAUAGAAGAAGUGAGUGAAAGUAUACAAAACAAAGAUUCCUUACAAGCCCAAAUAUCCAUGUUGGAAACGCAGCAUUCACAAAAUGAUACAAUUAUCAAAGGGCUUCAAAGAGAUAAUGAGCAACUGACUCUUCAGAUCAAGGAGUUAAAUGGAGUCCUUGAGCAGAGUACACACUCCACCACAGAGGUCCUCUUAGCAAAAACAAAUGAAUGUAGUCGUCUCAAUCAGAUACUAAGAGAGAAGGAGGAUGAGGUGAAGCAGCUGCAGGACCGGGUGCAAAAUUUGAUGUCUGAGGUCGAUCAGAUUAAGCUUGACAGAGCACAGAAGGAACAGGCCACUGUUGAUCUCCACAUGCAAUUAGAGGCUGAACAAAACCAACAAACACAACUCCAGGAAACUGUGUUUAUGCUGCGAGAGCAGGAAAGCAGUCUGGGGUCUGGGUUAAUGGAGAAGGAUGCUAUAUUAAAAGAGAAGCAGGAAGAGUGCCAUGGUUUACAGAAUGAAAUUUCAGCUCAGAAAAAUCUUGUGUCAAAGCUGCAGGCUGAGGCUGAGUCACUUAAAGAAGAGCUCACACAACUCAGACAGCAACUGCAUGAGGGAGAUGAAAUGUUAAAAGAUACAACGCAACAGUGUCAAAAACACAAAGACGAAUUAAAUCAUGUAACCAAGACUGUUGAGGCUCAGAGGGACCAAAUCAGCGUCAUGGAGGAAAACACCAGAAAGCUGAAGUCUGAAGCAGAGCUGUGGCAAGCAGAAUUGUCUCACUCCAACAGCCGCAUCCAGACGCUCAUUGAGGAAAUCCAACAGCAUCGAGCUGCUUGUGAAUCCAGAGAACAGGAGCUAAUUCAGCAAACACAGUUGGCCACAAACCUCGAUUCACAGCUUAAAGUAACUCUUGAACAGAUCUCCGAUCUCAGCAAGAAUAUUAGUACUCUAACAGAAGAUAAUCAGACACUAAAGAAAGAGUUGUCUCAGAACAUUACAUCAGUUUCUGAACUUACCACUGAAAUGAGUUCACUCCAAGAAAGAAAUUCUGGCUUUGAAAUCGAAAUUUCAAAUAGUCAGAAAGAAAUCAGCAGCCUCUUGAGGGAAAAGGAGGAGCUCACUGUUGCAGUAAAGGAAUUAAAACAUAUUCUGAAAGAAAGUGACAAGUUAAACUCUGCAGGUUUAUUCGAGAAAACAAACGAGUGUGCUAAUCUGUCAAAAACAAUAAGGGAGAGAGAAGAACAACUUCAGAGUAUACAGGAACAUGUUGAUGGAUUAAAAAUGCAAAUCAGUCAAUUUAGCAAAUCCUCGGAUGAGAAAGAAGCAGCAUUAUCAGAACAGAGGUUUCAGCUUGAGGCUCAGCAGAAUCAACUGCUACAACUUCAGGAUUCUGUAUCAGCUCUACAGGAACAAAGCUCUGCGCUGAAGUCUGGGCUGAUGGAGAAAGACUUGUUGUUGCAGCAGACAGCAGAGGAAUCUAGAGUUUAUCAGAAUGAAGUUGCGCUACACAAGGAACUCGUAUCACAACUGCAGGAAGAGGUACAAUUCCUAAGACGAGAGUGUUUGGAUGUGAAACAGCAGAUAGAACAGAAAGAACAAACACUAAAUGAAGUGUCUAAAGAGUUUCAGAGCCAAAAAGAUGAGCUGAAUAAACGAAACGAAUCAGUGAUUUCACUCAGCAGUCAGCUUGGUGCCAUGAAUGAGAAUGCAGCAGAGAUGGAGGUUGAAAUGACAAACCUGAAGGAUUCUGUCCAGAAGCUCACUGCAGAGAAGAGUCAGCUGACACAGGAGGACAACCAGAGGAAAGCAGAGAUCGUAGACUUUAAAGACAGCAUUCUGGCCCUAAAUGAGCAGAACACAAGUUUAAAGUCUGAACUUCAGAACAUAGUGACAGAGGUCACAGAACUCAGACAAUUAGUCUCUGAUAAGGAGAUUGAGCUCAAAGCAGCAUAUGCUGAGCUGGAGAAUCUUACUCUGACCUUGAAAGAAAAAGAUGACUCCCUGAACCAAAAGGAGAAUCUGAUACAGCAGCUCAACAGCAACAUCACUGAGCAGGAGGGGCAGCUGAAGCAGAAAGCAGACGACAGUGUUGGUUUGAAUACAAAAGUUUCAGAUCUUGAAGAUUGUGUCUGCAAGCUCAGUGGUCAAGUUGAAAACCUUACUGCAGAGUCCUCCACACUAAAAAACAGGUUGGAGUCAAGGGAAUUGUCAAACCUUGAAUUACAGAGUCAUUCUUCAGCUGCUGUUGAAAGUCUUCAGUCAAAUCUUCAAUCUAAAGAGGCAGAAUGUGAGACCUUGAAAGAACAGAUUUCACACCUUAAAGAAUCUGUCACAAAGCUCAACGGCAGCCUGGAAGCACAGAUGGCUGAUUCAGAAAACCUAAGAAAGGCAUUAAUGGAAAAAGAGGCAGCUCUUCUGCACCAAUCAGAGACUCUUAUGGAUGUUCAGAGAAGAGCAGAUGAGGCUUUGCUCUUCAAGUCACAGUUCAUGGAAAGCACCGAGUUGGUGUCACAGCUGCAGAGUCACAAUAAGCUGUUGUCCACCGAGGCAGAAAAUCUCAGAAAGUCAUCAGAGGAAACGCAUAUUGCAUUCAGUAACCUAAAAGAGAAAUAUGCAGCCAGUUUGGAGGAGCUGCAAGACAUGAGGAGGCAAAUGUCUCACCAGGUUGAUGAGGUUUCCCAACUACAGAGGUUAUUGGAUGAUUUCAGUAUGGAACGUCAGGCAACAACUACAACCAUAGAAACACUAAGAAAUGAGUUAUCUGUAAUCCAUCACAAACUUGAGCAAAGUGGAGAUCUGAACACGAGUCUCACAAAGGAAAAAGAUGAAGCGUUUUCUGCUAAUCAAGCAAGUGUGUCGAUGCUGACCGUUGAGAUAGACAGGCUCAAAUCACAGCACCUUCAAGUUGUUGCACAAAUGGAUGCACUGACAGAAAACCUGGAGCAGAGAGAAAUGGCUCUCCAUGCAAUUAAUAGCCAGUACACAGCCCAGGCCAAACAUGCGUCACAGCUGGUCUCAGAAAUGCAAAAACUAGAGGAGAAAAAUCAGCAACUUAAGAAGGAAUUUGGUUUGUCAAAAGCAGAACAUCAGAACCGUCUUACCUCUGUCUGUAACGAGAACUCACAUUUGCAGGACGAAGUAAGAAAGCUUCUUGCAGAGAAGGAAGAGCUGGAAAGGAAACAUCAACAGUUGUGCAUGUCACAGGGGGAACUGCAGCUUCAAAUGGAGCAGCAGUCCAGCAGCAUGAAGGAAAUGGUGGAGAAAAUGGUGCUGGAGAAGGAGGAGCUUCAAGCAAAGGUUAGUGCCAAAGAUGAAGAACUUUGUCAAUUAACUGAAAGCAUUCAAAAGAUAGAGCAGAUUCUUCAGGACUCUGAGAAAGAGUGGCUGUUAGUUCUGGAUAGAGAAAAACAGGACAAGAAUCUACUUGCAGAACGACUAGAAAGUAUUGAAAACGAAAUGAAAUCUAAAGAUGUUAAAGUUAAUGCUUUGAAACAUGACCUGGACUGUUUGCAGGCAAAACUAGCAGAGGCUCUGUCCGCAGUUCGGCAAGGCUCUGAUCAACUGAGUGUCAAAGAGCUGGAGGCAUCUUCUUCUAGGAUUCAGCUGGAGACAGUGUUGGCAUCUAUUCAGGAAAAAGAUAAGGAGAGCAAUAAUUUGCAAUUAGCCCUAACAACUGUGGAAUACGAUUUAGAAAAACUUUUAGCACAAAAAUUUGGUCCUGACAAAGAGUUGUUCCUGCCGCCAAGAACUUCCUCUGAGAGAUCAGAUGCUUUGAAUGAAAGACAAGCCUCUUUACAGCACAUGAUUCAACAGUUGGAGGACAGACAUCAGUCUGAAGUAGAAGCUUUAAAAAAUGAGUUGAAUAAAACAUGUAAUGAAGGAGGAAAGAGUAAUGAAGAGAAGGGUCAGCAAAUUUCUCUUUUACAAGACACUGUGGAGCAUUUACAGGUACAGCUAAAUGCUGAAACAGAGAAACUGAAUGCAGCUCUUGUCACAUAUUCCUCUCUGCAGAUUGAAUUGCAGGCAAAAGACGAGCAGAUUAACUGUCUGGCCAUUCAGAUUAGUCAGCAGAAGGAGUUACUUGCUGGACUUAGUCAGCAGAUUCGGGACAAAGAUGCAUCCAUUGUCCAAGUCAUGGAAUCUGCUGCAAAUGAAAGAGUAACACUUGGGGAGGAAAAAUUAUCUCUAGUAGCACAAUUGGAAAAUGUGGAGCAAGCACAGACAAGGCUCGAAGAGAUUUGUCAGCAGUUGGAAGACCGCAUUUCUCACUCUCAAAAUGAAAUUGACAGCAUAAAUAAUGAGAAGCUCGAGCUGCUGAAAGAAAAAGACGGGCUUACAGGUGAACUUGCUAAAGUAUCUAAAGAAAAAGAUGUGAUGAAGAAGAAGCUUCAAGCUGCUCUUGUCAUAAGAAAGGAUCUACUAAAAAAACUUGAGGAGUAUGAAAAUCAUAAAGAAGACAGUGUUACUGAGAAAACCCAGAUUGCACUUUUACAGGAUCAGUUACAGGAAAUGAGAAAUGAUGCCCAGGCACUAGCAAAGAUUUAUCAGGAAAAGGUUUCCCUUCUUGAACACACUAUUCUUGAGAAAGAGGGAGAGAUUGUUGGACUCAAAACAGACAGUGAGGAACUUGUUGAACAAUUACAGUCCGAAAAACAACUUUUACAAACCACUCUUAAUCAAAAAGAAGUGUAUUUGUCAGAAAACCUGCAAACAAUCAGUGAGAAAACGUCUCUCAUUGAGCGGCUACAGACCAGUGCUGCGGAGAAGGAAAAAGCAUCUGACCAAGAAAGAAAUGGCUUGACACAGAAAAUAGAAGAGCUGUGUAAUGAAAUCAGGGUCUGUCAAGAUGAGUUAAAGAAUUCUUCCUCCUCUGCUGUUAAUUUAGAAACCGAGCUAGCACAAAUGAAGUCAGAAAAAGCCAUAUUACAGAAAAAGGCCCAGGCUGCUUUGCUUGCUCGCAAGGAAACAAUAAAGAAAGCUCAGGACAGUGAAAGGAAAUUGACUCAAGAACUUGCAGAACUGAAAGACGACUACAAGGCUCUGCUGGAGCAACACUGCCAGCAGACAAAUGAGCUGAAUGCCCUCCAAUUAAAUUUUGAUGAGAGGGUCAGAGAACUAGAGGCUCUGCAGAAAACUUCUUUGUGUCAUCUGGAUGAACUGGGCACUUUAAAACAGCUGGUUUUGGAGCGGGACAAAACUGUUCAGGAUCUGAAGAUGUCGCUGGCCGAGAAAGAGAGACAGUGCCAUUCUCUUCCACAUUUGCAGACGGAGCUAGAGACCGUUAAAUCCCAAGCUGAGAAAAUGUCUCUUAAAAUGGCAAGUAAAGAUGAGGCUCUUGUAGUCAUGGAGCAAAAAACAGAAGCUUUGAAGCUGGAACUUGACACAGUACGGUACGACUUGGAGAAAGCCUUUGCACGUGUACAAAUGGAAGAGAUUGAGAAAUAUAAAUUGACAGUCGAGGCCAAUGAGGUAGAAAGCCAACAGGGGAAGCAUAUUUUAUUUCAGGAAAACCCAGUUUUAGAGACACGGGUAAAUGUGUCCGGGUCCACACUGGAAGACCAACUUCAUGCAAAUGAAGAAAAAUGUCACCACUUAAUGGAGGAAAAUAAGAUUGUAUUGGAGCAACAUAAUCAGAUGAAAGUGGAACUUGAGACAGCACUCGCUUUAGUCUCACAGAAAUCCAUGGAUGUUUUAACAAGUGAAAAAAAAUGUGUAGAAACACAGCAGCAGCUCAGUGAUGACAAAGCUGUUUUGACUAAGAAGCUUGACGAAGCAAAAAUGAGUUACGAUUUGUUAAAACAAGAAACUGAAAGUGCUUUGAAAGUAGUUGAUGAACUCAGAGAGGAGGUGACUGUGCUGAACAUGCAACUGAGGAAGGCAGAGACACUUACUGAACAACUCCAAGAAAAGAUGUCUGAAAACCUUGAAGUGAAACUAAAGGAGAGAGAUGAUGCUUUGUUAGUCUUUGAGGCUAAAUUUGCAGAAAAGGAGGAGCUGAUUGCUGCACUUGAACUGCAGUUAAAGCAGCAAUCAAAACUGCAUGAAACUGCCAUUGAAAAGAUGAGAGUAGAGGUUGAUGACCUUCAGAAAUCUCAGGGAGACACAAACAAGUUGAACGAUCAGGACAGACAAAACAAAGUUACACUCCUAACCAGGAAAUUACAAGCCGCUUUGGUUUCCAGAAAAGACCUCCUGAAGGAAAAUGAAACACUCAAGGAAGAGGUACAAAAGCUUUCAUCAAGACAUCAAACUAAAGAAGAGGAAUAUUUAGACCUGGAAUCAUCUGUUUUGAAGUUGAAACAACAAAAUAUUCAGCUGGAAAGUUCUGUCGCGUUUCUGAACAAGGAGAAACAUGAGCUCAGCACAGAAGUUGAUCACAUCCGUAACGAUAAUCGCAGUCUUGCAGCUGCCUGUGACAGCUUGAAACUAACCAUAGAAAACAUCACCCAGCAGAAACAAGCCUUCUCAUGUCAGCUUGAGUCUCUGAAGGACUCUCAAACUGAGGAUCUAUCCAGGUGGAAGUCGAAGCAUGCCGAUCUUAAACAAGAUUAUGAGUCACUUUUGCAAGCUUAUGAAAAUGUUAGCAGUGAGAUGGAUAAGAUGAGACAGCUUUUGGAGGGCGCAAAAAGAGACCGGCAGGAAGUCCUCCGUAGAGCACACAAACAAGAGACUGAGAUUGAUGUAAUGGAGAAGAAAGCCAGAGAGCUGGAAGAGGAAAAUGAAAGAAUCAAAGAGAAAAUGCGAAAGUUUUCCAAACAGAAACAGCAGAAGAUUGAGGAGUUGGAGGAAGAAAAUCGAAAAAUGAGACUGGAAUUGACUGAGGAUGAAGAAAACGACAAAACAGCAAUGUUGGAGCUGAAGGACAGAAAUAAACAACUGGACGCUGAGAUCUGCCAAGUGAAAGAGUCUUCAGAGGCUCUGAAAGUGAAACUUGAAGUGAUGAUGGCUCAAAACAGCCAGCUGGAAAGAAAUCUGGAAGAAGUAAGCAGUUCAUUAGAAAAAAAGCACACAGAAUCAAAUGCAUACACAAGCAACAUGCAGCUGAAGCUUGACGAAGCCCUCGGUCUCAAUAAUUCACUGACUGCCCAGAUAGAGGCCCAGAAAACAGAACUUGCUGCUCAGUUGGAGAUCAACAACUUGUUACAAAAGGACAAGCAAACUCUGUCGGAAAGAUUUGAAAUGAUACAGAGCGAUCAUGAGCUGCAGAUGGGAAAGACAGAUGAUGUCAUCAAAGAGCUAAGGGACACAAUCGGUCAACACAGCCAAGAGACUAUCAGCAUAAUUGAGAAGGUGAGAAUCUUGGAGGAUGAUAAGUGUCUGUUACAAGAGGAGCUUGAGAAUGUUCAGGAGAUUUCAGACAAAGUUAAGAAUGAAAAUGAGUAUUUGGAGACUGUUAUUCUCAAGAACUCUGAAAGGAUUGACGAACUGACCGAGUCAGUCCGUGAUUUGAAAACUCAAAACACUCAGCUGUCCUCUCAGCUGGCAGCCAGUAAGGAGAGGAGUGAUCAGAUUCGACAAGAAAAAGAAGAGGAGCAACUCAAGCUAGUCAGAGAGUUUGAGGAGAAACUAAAGAUGGUGCAGAGAGGCAACCAGGGCUCCAAGAAUGUAAAGAAAGAAUUGCAAGAGCUGCUCAGAGAAAAGCAUCAGGAGAUAAAUCAUCUCCAGCAAAACUGUAUUAAAUACCAAGAACUGAUUUUAGAUUUAGAGAGGUCUUUGAAAAACUUGCAAUCUGCUCAUGACCACCUGGAGAUAGAACUGCAAAAAGGUUCAGAGAAGAUAAUGGUUUUAGAAGAGAGAAAUAAACAGGUUGAAGCUGAGCUGACAGCACAAAAUAAUCUUCUCCAGGAAGCCACAGAAAAGGUUGUGACUGUUGAGUCUGAGAGAGACCAGCUGGCUCUGGAAAUGCAAAGAAAACAGUCUGAGGACCAGAUCAUGGAAAAAACACAAUCACUGCAAAAUAUUGACGAGAGGCAAAUAAAUUCCUUUGUGGAGAACCAGACUGUGUUAGAGGAACAGAUAAAUAAAUUGAAUGAUUUAAAAGACAAAGAAUGUCAGAAAGUUAAUGAGCUGAGACAACAUAUAGACUCUCAAGAUCUACAGAUAAGUACUCUGAAGAGAGAAGCUGAGACAAAUGAAGCAAAGCUCUCCGCUUUAUCAUCCACUUCUCAAGGGGCAGAGGCUGCAAAACUGUGGAACAGUUUGUACCAAAAUAUCUUAAACGAGAAGGACAACCAGCUCCUAGAACAGGGAUUUGUGAUUAAACGAUUCCUUGAAGAUAUGAGGGUGAAAGAUAAAGAGGUGAAUGAACUACGAGUUACCAAGUCAAGACUGGAGCGGACACUUAACGAAUACUCUGUCGCUGCUGCUGCACAACAGAGGCAGCUGUUUGUGAUGAGCGCUCGCAACGCUGAACUCCUUGAAUCCAUGGACCUCAUGACUGUGCAGGUGAAGGAACUUAGUGCUCAAGUGGAACAAAUAGAACAAGAAAAACGUGAACUCACUUGGCAGCUUACUGAUAAACAGGACAUGAUUUCCCAAAUGCAGCUAAAUCUCCAGCAGGUGGAAAAGAUAAACAGCGACACAGACACUCAGCUGCUCUUUUUACAAACUCAAAAUGGCAAAUGUCAAGCAGACCUUGAGAAACAGGAGGGAAUUUCUUUACAACUUAAGACACUACUUAGGAGCAAAGAUGCUGAGAUCUCCUCUCUGUUAUCUUGUAAAGAUGGACAGAUGUCAGGAUAUCUAGAGCAAGUUCAGGCCAACUAUCGCUCGCAGGUUGCAGUUUAUGAGGAGAGAUUAACAUCUGUAUGCAACCAAAGAGAAAAAACUGACAAAGAAUUGAAAGGAGUUGAAGCAAAGCUGAAAAGUCUGCAAAUUAAAGUAAACCGUUCGGACCAGGAAAAGGAACAACUGGUGGAAAAGAUGGAAUCGUUCAAGAACUCUGUGGUAUCUUUACAGAGCGAACGUGACCGACUCAUGUCAGAACACAGAAUACUUAAAGCAAAGAGUGAGUUGGGGUUAAAGGGCAGAGAGAGCUCUUCCGAAGGGGAAGGUGGUGCUUCCAAAGGCCUUAAACAUGAAAUAAGGAAACUGUUGCAUCAGAUGGAUGAUCUCAAUUCAGAGAACGCUAUGCUCAGGGCUCAGCUUGUUCGCUACAGAGAAGAUUUAAAUCAAGUUUUAUCCCUGAAGGACAAUCAAUUGAAGGUACUGCUGAAGAAGCAGCAGGAUGUGAUUAAAGACCUUGAAAACCAUAAGGCUGUUGCUGAAAAACAGCACAGAGAGUCUCAUCUGGAGCUUCAGAAGGGAGAAGAAGUGAAUGAGUUGUUGAAAGUAGACAUUUCUAAACUUAGAGCUCAGGUUUCAAAACUGGAAGCAGAAAUAUCGGAUCAGAAAAAGUACAAAGCAACGACCGAUGUGGGCAAAGUAAUUAGUGAUUUGCAGGAAGCGGUGGCAGCCAAAGCAGCUGAAUGUAAUGACCUCCAUCAAAAAGUGCUUCUUCAGAAAAACGUAAUUAAUGAAGUCAAUGACAAAAUGCAGCAGGUAGAAAACGAGACGGACAAGAAACUGGCUGAAGCUGAAGAUAAAUACAACGCUGAGCUGGACACAUUUGAGCGUGAGGUGGAUCUGAUGAGGACCGAGCAAGAGAUGGCUGCUCAAAGGGUGGCAGAACUCGCAAAAGACCUUCUCGAAAUGGAGCAACAGUUAACAGAGGCAAAAAAUCUAAAUAAAGAUAUAAAGGCACAGAAUGAGUCUUUGUGCAAAUCCAUGGCUGCUUUGCAGAAUGACCGUGAUCAGCUGAUUGAAGACUUUAAGAUCCUCAGAAAUAGAUACGAUGAAGAACUCCAAGAGAGUCGGGCAGCCUUGAAUAAGGUGGAACGUAACCUGCAGGAUGUCACUUCAGACUUGGCCAUGUUUGCCAAAGAGAGGGACAUCCUUGUUCACAAAUUAACAGCUUUUGAGAGCAAAAAUGCCCACACCGAAUUGAGCAAGCUGCUGGAUGAGCUCUCGAAGGGGUUGUUGGAGAAAGAAAGGGAACUCAAGCAGGUCACCUUGGAAAAUAACACAUACAGCAGGCAGCUGUCCGCGUUUUCCAGAUCCAUGGCCAGCCUCCAAAAUGACCGCGAUCGGCUAAUGGAUGAGUUGGCCGGGACCAGACAAGGGUCGAGUCCCGAGUCCAAGGGAAGUGGCAUCAGUGCCUUGCAGACUGAAACAGAUGGGCAGAAGCUGGAUGAAAAGAUGGUUUACAAAAAAUUACCUGAAGAAAUCACCAGAUCUCGGGAAGUGGAAACUCUGAGGUGUGACACAGAGAGGAAGGACACGCUUCUAGUCAAGCAGGAAUCUUUUGCGGACACGGUGGUGAGUCAGUUGGAGUCAGAGAAGGUUCGACUUCAUGGAGACCUGCAGCGGUGCAUGUAUGAGAUCCAACAAAGAGACCACUACCUCCUGCAACUCAACACCAAGCUACAGCAGGCCGUAGAAGAGAAAGGCGCCUGUGCAGCUCAGAUGAGAGCUGUUGUCCAAACCCUGAGGGACACACAGAACCGCUGCCACUGGCUGGAAACUCAAGUACAAGGCCAAGCUCAGCAGGGGUCAGUGUAUGCUGAGGUUGCACCCGGAGCCCCACAGGAGAGAAGCCGUGAGUCUAUGGUUGUUGAAACGGCUGAAGUCGGUCAGCUCCGUGAUAGGCUGCUGGAGGUGGAGCAGAUUCUGGCCGAUGAGAGAGCAAGGAGAGAGACAGCUGAGGAAGCUUUUCGUCUUGCAGAGGACAGAGUGAAGAGUAUGUCUGGUGCAUCCAGAGUUGACGAACCCGAUUUCAGUAUCGACAUGGAGACGGAGGAGGGAUGGGGUGCUCUGAGUCUCGACCCCAACCAGCCUCUGAUCACACGACAGGUGAAAGGCGGCAUGGUGGCGUGUCGUCGCUGGCUCAGAGGGAGGAGCCUCUACUUCUCCAAGCUGCUGACCAGCCGCACUCGCUCUCGAUACCUGUUCCUGGCCUACUUGCUCACAAUCCAUGUGCUUGUCCUCAUGUGCCUCACUGGCGCACUGUAGUGACGCCACACUGGCCUCAGAACGGUUCAAAUGUGAAGCUGACGUCUGAGCAGGAGAUCGAGAAAAGUCGCUUCUUGGUAUUUGUUCAGGAAAAUUAGCACUGACAGAUUUCACCUGAUUUUCAGUUAAAUUCACUCUUUAUUUUACUUGUUUUUAUAUUGUAUUAAUUGAUUCAGAGGUGACAUUUGAGCUCUGGUUUGUUGAGAUGAAGUAAAUGUAAAAAGUUAAUUGAAACAGAGCCUUAAAGCUUUAAACUCGCUCUCCUAUUAUUAUUAUAAUAAUAAUAAUAAUAAUAACAAUAAUAAUAAUCGGGUCUAUUGCCUACGGUUUUGCUGUCAAUUUCUUUUAUAAAGGAGAAAAAGAGUGAGGCGUACUUUGACUUGAACUUCUCUGUAAAAGGCCGAAGCAGGAGCAGAAAACCAGAACACUAAUGUACAAACGAUGUGUCUUAAAUCCAGCUUCUUCUCCAGCUUGUUGUCCUUCCUUUUAAAUCAAAAAACAAACAAGCAUCUCGUCCGUCGGUAUGUCGGCGCCGGCCGCUGCUUCCCUCUCCUCGACUGCUUUCAUGACUUUGCACACGGUCGUUGAUGCCGAGUUUAAACUAUGCACUGAGCACAGCCACAGGUAGAUUCAUCUCAUAUCCUCAGACCACAUAUCGUCACCUUUACUGUAAAAUGUGGAGCCAAAAGUUUGUGUGUGUGUGUGUGUGUGUGUGUGUGUGUGUGCGUGCGUGUGUGCGUGCGUGCGUGCGUGCUCGCUCACCUUGGCAGGACAAAUAAUGCCUUGUCCCUGUUAAAAAUAUGUCGCUAAAAAGUGAUGAAAACACAAGCUGUAUAUAUUUAAAGGUACAGUUCAGGAAUGUUGAAGUGGGGUUAUAUGAGUUACUUAUGUAUGGUCAGUGUGUUACUUAUAGGUGACUGGGAGAUCAGUGAAGCAUGGCAACAAUCGGGCUUUUCCAACAGGAAAUGGAGGUUUGCAUUGCUUUGUAAAGCAGUGAUUUUGUCUUGGUCUACUGCUGGCUUCCCAACAGCAAGGCGACAUACAUGCUACUAUAUUUCCAUUUGCUUAUCUAGUUUAAGAAAGAAUUACUCACAAGAAACAACCAUGGAAAGAAUUCAGAGAUGGAAUUUCUUUUAUCGCACUGACGAGUAGGUAAAUCUGAAACUAAAAGUGUUGGCAAACCUUUUCUUUCACAAUUGUUUGUCGAGUCACAAUAACAAGCAGAUACAGUUCACUGCAUCAUCGUUUUCAAAGGUCUACGUUUCUGCCUGUUUCGACUACGUAAAAACAGCUGAGAAGUUUUUAAAAAUAAAACAAAGGCAGUGUGGACUAAGGUAGUGUAGACAGCAGGUGGAAUUUGCUACAUUAACCUCACUGUCUAUAAGAAACUGAUAUGACCCCCCACUCAAGAAACUAUCCCUUUAAAUUUGUUCCUCCCCCUGUAUUUAUGUUUUUGCAUCUUCAGCUGUAUCUCUAUGACUUUGUCUGUAUGUAUGUACAGUAUAUUUACAUUUAUUUCCGCUCUGCUUGGCAUACGAUCACUGUACAUUUCUUCUUGAUUGUUGAAAGUUGGAAAAUGCUGUUAGUGAGAGAAAGUUUUCAGUUAACAAGCCAAAAAAAAACCUAUGUAACGAUGUAAACAAAUUAUUUCUGGCUUGUUAAUUGAUCUUUUGAUUGUUGUAAUGAUCUGUACAUAUGGAUGACUGGUGGACAACUGAAUCUAUUUAUGAAAAAAAAAAAAACUACUGAAGAAAUGUUGAAAUGGCAUAUUUUUCUCUUCUGCCUCUAUUUUCAAAGCCUUAUUUUAAAGACAAAGUGAGGCUUCACUUGGUGCAAUAAAAACAAAAAACUGAGCUGUUCCAGGUCACAUUUUAAUAAAGCUGUAUGAAGGUUC